GGUUUCAGACCAAGGUAACUAACUACCUCGACUCGGUUGACCCCGUGGCGGCACGACUCGUUCAUCGGUCCAUUGGAGUCUUUUCGAAGUCGUUUCAGUUGAACAGCGACCUUACUAGUAGAACCACUUUCCUUUCCUCGUUAUAUUUUAUCCUGAAAAUUCCUGUUGUCUACUGUAUUUCAUGCAUUCUGGGUCUCCGGCUCAUGUUUCUGUUGUAGUGUCACCUUCCAGGUCUCGCUCAUCAUCUCCAACCCAUGGCUAUAGUCCACUGUCCCUUCGGGCAUUGGUUAGCACCAAAGAAGCGGGUGUUAUCAUUGGUAAAGCUGGAAAGAAUGUCGCUGACUUAAGAGAACAAACUGGUGUCAAGGCGGGUGUUAGUAAAGUCAUUCCAGGCGUUCAUGAACGCGUGCUGGCCAUUAGUGGUUCUGUAGAAGCCGUAGCAAAGGCAUAUACUAUCAUUACCUCGCAGUUAGUGACCUCGAGCUCCUCUCUCGUUUCCUCCCCGCCUCCUUCGUUAUCGCAUACAGUUAUUCGUCUCCUCAUUUCUCACAACCUAAUGGGAACCAUAAUUGGGCGUAGCGGCCUCAAAAUCAAGGCGAUACAGGACGUUUCUGGUGCUCGAAUGGUUGCAUCAAAAGACAUGCUUCCUCAGUCUACAGAGCGUAUCGUGGAAGUACAAGGUACUCCUGAAGCAAUCGGUCGUGCCAUAGAAGAAAUUGGGAGAUGUUUGCUGGAAGAUUGGGAAAGGGGCUUAGGAACCGUACUUUUUCAUCCAGGACUCGGAGAUGAUAUGUCUCGCUCGAGAAAGACAGCGAAUUUGCUAAGUGGAAGCGGCGGAAGUGGCAGAACCCAUGAAGAGAGUACCAACAAUCUUGCUUCUUCGCCUGUUUCACCUCCCCCCGCAUCGCCUGUGCAGCCUGCAAACCUUCGCACUCAAAAUAUUUCGAUACCUUCGGACAUGGUUGGCUGUAUCAUAGGGCGCAGUGGAAGCAAGAUCACAGAAAUUCGUCGCCUCUCUGGGUCUAAAAUCUCCAUUGCGAAAGCGCCUCAUGAUGAGACAGGCGAGAGAAUGUUCACUAUUGUCGGGACUCCCGAGGCUAAUGAAAAGGCACUAUUUCUCCUGUACAAUCAAUUGGAAAGUGAAAAGGAGAGAAGGGUUGGGCGAGAACAACAACAAAUGCAGAAUUAGACAGUACCUCACUUUAUUUGAUUACGAAAUUGUUUCGCUACGUUUUGUUGACUCUGGCAACCCUGCGUUUGAGAAAUUUUUGCGUCGAGGACCCACUCAAA